GUGUACUCAAAAAAUUAUUUACUAGUGCUAUAUACAUACAAUGGCUGCAAGACGCUUUUUUGUUGGUGGUAAUUGGAAAAUGAAUGGAGACAAAUUAAAAAUUAACAGUAUUUUGGAAUUUCUUAAUGCUGGAGAAAUGAACCCUGACACUGAUGUUGUUGUUGCUCCACCAUCAUUGUAUGUUGCUCAUGUGAAAGACGGUCUCAAAAGUAAUGUGAAAGUUGCUUUGCAAAAUUGUCAUUCAUUGACAUCAGGAGCUUAUACAGGAGAGGUAUCUGCUGAAAUGGCCGCUGAUCUUGGAUGUGAUUGGAUUAUCUUGGGCCAUUCAGAAAGAAGGCAUAAAUUUGGAGAAAGUAAUGAGUUUAUCGGAGAAAAAGUUGCACAUGUUUUAUCCAGCACAAAGCUUGGUGUCAUUGCUUGUAUUGGUGAACUGCUUGAAGAACGGGAAGCUGAUAAAACAAUGGAGGUGAUUUCAACACAAAUGAAGUCGAUUGCGGCAAAUGUCAGCGACUGGUCCAGAAUGGUCAUAGCAUAUGAACCAGUUUGGGCUAUUGGGACAGGCAAAGUUGCUACUCCAGAACAGGCACAGCAAGUGCACUCGGAAAUUCGAAAGUGGUUGAUUGAGAAUGUCAAUCCAAAUGUAUCUGAAACAACACGCAUCUUGUAUGGUGGUUCUGUGUCUGCUGGAAAUUGUGCUGAGUUGGCCAAGAAGCCAGAUGUGGAUGGUUUUUUAGUUGGUGGAGCUUCUUUAAAACCAGACUUUGUUAAAAUUGUGAAUGCAAGAAUGUAGACUAAUGAGAGGAGGAAAUAAACUCUAUUAAUACUGCCUGUAUUUAGAUAAUUGCUAGGAUUUUUAAAUCUGAUGCUCAAAAUUAUGUUUUUUAUGUUUGUUGCUGUUUUUUUGUGUUUUUACCAGUAAGAAGAAACUGACAUGAAAGA